AUGUGGACUGAAUGGUUGAAUUUGUUUAUGUCUGUGAUUGAUAAACAUGCCCCACUUAAAAAGAAACGUAUAGGGAAACGAAAGUCUCCCUGGAUUACUUCACAUGUAGUUCAGAAAAUUCGCGAAAGAGAUUAUCUAAAAAGGCAAUUCGAUAUUACACGUGACGAUGAAAUUUGGUUACAAUAUAAGAAAGCUCGAAAUGAAACUAACAACACUAUUAGGCAGGCUAAACAUAACUACUUUAUCACUAAUAUUGAGGCUGCACGAAAAGAUCCAAGGAAAACUUGGAGACUAGUCAACGAUCUGAACUCUCGUAAAGUGAGUGAUGUAACCAGUGUCAAGAAAGUCAAUCUUGACGGUAAUGAAAUCACUAAUGCGGCUGAAAUUUCGGAUGCCUUUAAUUCAUAUUUCACCUCGAUAGGAGAGAAACUUGCGAACAAAAUACCUAGCUCGAAUGUUAAUCCCGUUUCUUAUAUUCAAUCCACACAUAGUGUUUUUUCUUUCGAGGAAAUUGGUUUGUCCACUGUAAAUUGUUUGCUAAAAACGAUUAAUGCUAACAAAGCGACCGGCCCUGAUAAAAUCCCAGGUAGAUUAUUGAAAAUAGCCGCUGAUAUUCUUUCCCCCUCGUUAACCAGAAUUUUUAAUAGAUCGCUUUCUAUGGGGAUUUAUCCGACUGAUUGGAAAAUGGCAAAAGUCUUACCGUUAUUCAAAAAUGGCGACAAAUGUGAUCUAAGUAAUUAUCGUCCAAUUUCAAUUAUAUCGGCGGUUGCCAAAGUUUUUGGUAGAACCGUUUAUGACCAAUUUUACUCCUAUCUGACAAGUAACAACUUACUGUCGAACUAUCAGUCAGGGUUUCGAGCAUCAUAUAGUACCGUUACAGCUUUAUUAGAGUCGAGUAAUAACUGGUGCGUAAAUAUUGAUAAGGGUUUGCUUAACGGAGUGAUCUUCAUUGACCUAAAGAAAGCUUUCGAUACAAUUGAUCACGAAAUUCUUAUACGUAAACUCAAGUGUUAUGGUGUGGAUGACAAUGCGCUAUCGUGGUUUAAUUCCUAUUUAAACAAUCGAAAACAGAAAUGCUACGUAAAUGGCAAACUCUCUGGUAGUCGUUCUAUCUCCCAUGGAGUUCCGCAAGGCUCUAUUAUAGGCCCACUUCUGUUUUUGAUCUAUAUCAAUGACUUGCCUAACUGCUUGAACGAGGGUUUACCUAGAAUGUAUGCUGAUGAUACGAACAUCAGCAUGCAAAGUAAUAAUCUUUCUGAGCUAGAAAAUCUUAUGAAUGCUGAAAUAGCCAAUUUAAACACAUGGCUAGAGGCAAAUAAGUUAAGUUUAAAUAUUGCCAAGACUGAAUUUAUGAUUAUUGGAUCUCGUCAAAGACUUUCAACCUUUGAUAAUCAGAAUGUGGAAGUAUGUGUUAACAAUAAACAGAUUAAUAGAGUGCUGAAGUCUAAGUCAUUAGGUUUAACAAUUGAUGAGAACUUGACUUGGAAAUAUCAUGUUGAUAAUAUCACCAAAAAAGUCUCUUCGGGUAUCGGUGCUCUCAAACGAAUGAGAGAUUUUAUUACCACAGAAACUGCAAUUCGAGUUUACCAAAGUUUGGUGGAGCCCUAUUUUUCCUAUUGUGCCCCUGUUUGGGAUGGCCUAGGUAAAAAGCAAAGCGAAAAAUUACAAAAAUUACAGAAUAGGGCCGCCCGUGUUAUUACCCGUUCAUCUUAUGAUAUUUCAUCAAGUUCUCUUCUUGAAGAACUUAAUUGGGAAUCAUUGUCCACUAAGCGAUUAAAGCAAAAGGCAAUCCUCAUGUUUAAUACUAUUAAUAAACAUACACCAUUCUAUUUACAAGAGAUGUUUUCUCCCAGUGAGAGUGUUUAUAACCUGAGAGAUUCUUAUGGUAAACUUUAUGUCCCAAAACCACGCACAGAUUAUUUGAAACGCUCCUUCAGUUACAGUGGAGCCUCUUUAUGGAAUGGCCUGCCAGAAUCUCUUAGAUCAGUAACCUCUCUCGCUGCAUUUAAGACAGGUUUAGAAGCCUUCUUAAUAAAUAAUCGAUCUGACUCCCACACGGCAAUCAGGUAGAACAGUAUCUAUAUUUCUUUUUGCUCCUUUUAAAAUAUUUUAAUAUUUUUGUAAAUAACUAUACUGAUGAUUUUCCGUGUUUAAAUAAAGUUGAUGUAUGUAUGUAUGUAUGUAUGUAUGUGUAUUUGGAUAUUUACAUUCAAAUAUUACAUUCAAUUUCUUAGCACAAUUUCAAAAAACUGCGAAACAACGUUGAGAAAAGUAGCCCACAUGGAACGUCGCGAUGUCUGACAAUAAAUGGGAAGUAUAUAUUUUGGUCAUAUUGGAAGGAGGCCUUUGCAUGGGACCAAAGAUGCAACUCAUGUCAUUUUCAUGAAAAACUGAAAGAAGAUCAUUUCAUGCUCACGCCCAGUUCAAGAAUGCGCAACGGGUUAGUUGAGGACGUUCUGGAUAAGAAAAUGCUACUUCUCAUGAAGGUGUGUAUAUGGUGUACGUGCACGGAUUUAUCAUAUUCCUGCCUGUGUAAAAACUACCGCCCAAUUAGCGCUUCUCACACCGCCAUUUUUUGGGUACUGCCUUGUACGCAAUAGAUAAUGGAUUUUGUCCAACUACAAUUGUAAGUAUAAUCAUUAUAAGUUAAUUCCCAGUUAAAUAUUGGAAACAUUUUUUCACAUCGCUUAGAUUUUUCAGGUUGUCAAAAAAGUACCCCAAAAAUGGCGAAUUUGGCCUUCGUGGGAAGGCUAAUUGGAAUUUAUAUACCAUAAAUCGUGCCACAUAACCUUUCAGUUGGUGCUGAAAUGCAAUUUGAUUAAAAUUGUAUAGGCCUACAGAGAUCAUCUUAUCAGCGAGGGCGAAAAUGCCGACAAAUUAGAAGAAACAAUUACGUUCCUCACACAUACCAGUGUGAUGGUGGAACUAUUUUCCGACAAAUACGCCAUUUUUCAUGUGAAGGACAACAGAAUUCUAAAGCUGCAACGGGCCUUACAAUAUUUCCACAACUGGAAAUUGAAUGCCAUUACAUCUAAAGAGUUUCUUUCUUACAAAUCAUGGUUUGACCUGCAGUCCAUGAUACUUGGUUUUAUUUCUUUGGUGAAAUCGAAGCUAGCUCGUUUCCCAGGAUCAUGCAUCAAGCCGGCGAUAGUAAAUCAAGAUGUUGUUCAAAAUCAUUUUUGUCAGCUGCGAGGAGCUAACGGACAAAAUGACAAUCCAACUUACCAAAUGGUCCAAGGCACCCAAAACUCUGUUAUAUUUGGUCAAACUACAAUCAGUAAAAAAUGCAACACGGGCACUACUAUGAAAAACGUUUCGUUCACUGGUUUGCCUAAAGAAAAACUAUUCAGUCGACGAUGA